UAUAUGUUUGUUAAGUGUAACGCUAGUUUCUUUUUCAUCAUAGAGGACAAGUGUGCAUUAUGAAAGCCCUCUUAAUUUUGCUGUGUGUGGCGUUAGCUGAGGCGAAGUCCUACUCUAACUAUCACUUGUUGCGAGUCAGGCCUCAAACUGAAGCACAGCUGACCACCUUAAAGUUGUUAUCGGCUGAAGAAACUGGUUUAGAAAUCGACUUCUGGAUUCGACCCUACUACCUGAACCGAACCUGCGAAUUCUUGGUGUCCCUGGAGACUUACAUGAAAAUUAAACCAAUACUUGCUGGUGUUGGUCUCAAGGUUGAAAUACUUUCCCAUGAUAUUCAGAAAGCCAUAGAUGCAGAAAGGACACCGUCAGGAAAUUCAACUGAGUAUGGCUACCAGUUGAAUCCAAACACAUUUAUGAAGUACUCCGAGAUUGUGGUUCUUAUGAAGCGUUAUACUCAAGUACAUAACCACGUGACUCUUGUAUCCUAUGGAACCAGCUACGAGAAAAGAGAGCUUUAUGCUAUCAGGUUUACUACGGGUCCAGGAAAGAAGACGGUGUUCGUGGAGGCUGGUAUGCAUGCUCGCGAAUGGAUUGGCACAGCAUCCGUGAUGAAAAUUAUUGAAAGGUUUGCGAAUGAUUAUGACUCCGAUACGGAUAUCAUACACUUACUCAGCCUUUAUGACUGGGUAUUCAUACCCUGUUCCAACCCCGAUGGCUACGAGUACACAUUUUACCAGGACAGAAUGUGGAGGAAAAACAGGAAACCAAACAACAGAUGCAUGGGCACCGACCUGAACCGUAAUUUUGAUGCUGGAUGGAGCGGUGAGGGUAGCAGUUCUUUUGAAUGUAGCCUGACCUUCCAUGGCAGUCGUGCUUUAUCAGAGCCCGAAAGCGAGGCCCUUGUACGCUUCAUCAAGUCCGCAGGUCCUUUGAUAGGGUUCUUCUCUAUCCACUCCUAUUCACAGUUUAUAAUGCCUCCAUAUGGGUUUACCAGACAGAAGCCAAAGGACAGUGAAGAGCUGACCAAACUUGCAUAUAAGGCAGCAAGAGCAAUAACUCAAGCAACCGGUUCCUAUUUCACUGUUGGCACACCACCCGAGUUAUUAUAUGUAGCUGGUGGUGGAGUAUACGACUGGGUGAAGCUGAAGCACCAAGCGAAAUACAGCUAUGCUAUGGAGCUCCGCCCCAAACACAACACCCGCAAUGGAUUCAUCUUGAGUCCACUCAAUAUUAAACCAAGUUCCGUAGAGUUGUUUGCUGCCUUGAAAACUUUUGCUAACGGCUUCUAAAACAGUCUUCAUGUCUUUGAGUUGUGAAUGAUGGAAAUGGAGAGAUGAGGCAGACACAGAGAAGUUAUGUGGGAGACUGAUGUAUAAUAAGAUAUGUAUGUAUGUAUGUAUGUAUGUAUGUAUGUAUGUAUGUAUGUAUGUAUGUAUGUAUGUAUGUAUGUAUGAUUAAACCAUGGGAGUGAAGGACUCCUUAGCCUUUGUUAGGGCAUCCUUCUAGGAGAAGGUAACUC